CUCUGUCAAAACAAUCCCAAAAUCCAAAAUAUGCAGUGAAAAGAAUAAACAAUUAUUAUAAUAUAUUAUUGAUCUGGUUAAGCUCAUAUAAAUAUGGCAAGUAAUAAAUUAGACGUUCUUUGGUCACCAAUACAUGAUGACAAAUUUAUUGUAUGGGGUCAGGACAUAACCUUAUACGAAGUAUCUCCCCUAGAGGAAUUGGAGAAUAAGACUUGCACCCCCUUAUCAGCUACCUCUGGAGCCACUGUUAUAGCGUCUCAGAGUGCAAAUGGCGUGCGCUGUGUGGACAUCAGUGCCAUUCCGGAAGCAGACCCCAUACUGGCCUUAGGGCAUGCAAGCGGAAAGAUUACGCUCACUUGCCCCAAACAGAACUAUGAUCCACUGGGAUUAGUUGGAAAGGAAUUUGUGCCCAGGUGUCUCCGACCAUGCAACUCCCUGGCAUGGAACAAGACGGAAACUAACCUGCUAGCAGUGGGCAUGGAGAAACACAAGACGGACAACUGCAUCGCAGUUUGGGAUGUACAAAUGGGCUCAGAUGAAUUCCCAACAGCAUCAACACCAGUGAUAGAGGUGGGCAUGGGCGAGAGCACGCACAGUGUGGCGUGGUGCGGGUUCGCGCCGCGCACCCUCCUCGCCACCGUCAGCCUCAAGCAGAUCAAGUUAUUCGACCUCCGGGAGGGCGGUGGGGGCGCGUCCGCCGUCGCGGGAUGGGGCGGGGGAGGGCGGGAGGCGCGCGCGUGGGGGGGCGUGGCGGCCGAGGCGCGCGGGUGGGCGGUCGCGGCGCGCGGGGACGCCGGCGCGGCAGUGUGGGACGCGCGCGCGCUGCGCCGCCCCCUACUUGACCUGCCUAUGCGCCCGCCGCGGAAGAUACAGUGGAGCCCUACUAGACGCAACCUGCUGAUGACGCUGCAGCGCGACGCGCACACUCUGCGGCUGCACGACAUACAGCAGACGGCGGACUGGCGCGCCGACCAGCCCUACGACAUAGCUCGUGCGGAGGAGGUGGAGACGGGUACGGCGGUGGCGGUGGAGCGCGAGGUGUGCGGCGCGGGGGCGGGGGCGGGGGCGCCGCUGGCUGCGUUCGCCGCGCACCCCGCGCGCCGCGCCCGCGUGCUCACGCUGACGGCGGCGGGCGUGGUCCGCGAGUGGACGGUGUGCGAGCGCGUGUCGCUGGCCUGGGCGGGUGGCGCGCUCGUGUGGGCGGGGGGCGGGGCCCUGCGCCGCGCCACGCCGCCCGCGGACUACGCCGCUCGAGCCCGACAGCGGGCCCUCGCCGACUACGGGUUAAAGUCGGACCUGUGGCAGAACGCGGACCUGGUGGACGACGAGGCGCUCAGCAACAUGUGGCUGUUCCUCGCGCUCAGCAAGUCCCUCUUCGAGGACGGCUGCAUCCGCAACAGCCCGUGGAAGCACCCGGGCGUGUGCACGGUGCUGAAGUCACCCGGCGACGGGUACCGCAGCGAGGCCGUGGCGGUGCUCAUCCCCGACCUGCCCAGCCGCAAGGUCACCGUGUACCGCAGCCCUGAGCGCACGCGCGCCCUGCAACUGUGCGGCUGGGGCUGGGGCUGGGAGAGCGCCGGCGCCGGCGUCGAGCGCGCCGAGGCCGAGGGCACGCCCUGCCGCGCCGCCGCCCUAGCCGCCUUCCACCUGCGCAUGCGUGCCGCGCUCGACGUGCUCGGACGUGCGCGCGCGCCCGCCCUGCGCGUCGCCGCCCUGGCGCUCGCGCCGCCCGCCCCCGCGCAGCACGAGGAGCGGCUGUGGCGCGACGCGCUGGAGGCGGCGGCGCCGGCGCUGCCCGACGCAUACCUGCGCGCCACGCUGCGCUUCCUGGCGGCAGCGUGCGUCGGCGGCCCGCCCGACUACUCCCCCGUGCUCGCCGAGACCGAGAUGCGGCUGGAGGACCGCGUGGCUUUCGCGUGCGUGUACCUGGCGGACGGCGCGCUGCACGAGUACGCGCGCACGCUGGCGGACGAACUGGCGCGGCGCGGCGACUUGGCGGGGCUGGCGCUGACGGGGGUGUCGCCGGCGGGCCUGGCGCUGCUGCAGCGCUGGCUGGACGAGUCGGGUGACGUGCAGACGGCGGCGCUGGUGGCGGCGCGCUGCUGCCCGCCGGAGCUGCUGCGGGACGCACGCGUGCAGGGCUGGUUGGAAGGCUACCGCGCGCUGCUGGACGGCUGGCGGUUGUGGUGGGCGCGCUGCCUGCUGGACACGUGGGUGAGCGCGGGCGGUGCGACGGGCGCGGCGGGCGCGCGCGGCGGCGGCGCGGGCGUGGCGUGCACCUACUGCGGCAAGCCCGUGGCCACGCCCCACGCGCGCGCCCGCCCCGCCUUCGCCCGCCUGGCGCCCCCGGCGGCGAAAAUGAAGAUCUCGUCGUGCCCCAACUGUCGCAAGCCGCUGCCGCGGUGCGGAGUGUGCUCGCUGCACCUGGGCACGGGUGCGGUGGGCGGUGGCGCGGGCGCGGGGGCGGGUGGGGGCGGGGCGGGCGCGCAGUUCGGUGGUUGGUUCAGCUGGUGCGUCGCCUGCCGACACGGCGGACACGCCGCGCACCUGCUCGAAUGGUUCAGUGAGCACGCGGAGUGCCCGGUAAGCUCGUGCACGUGCCGCUGCGCCGCGCUCGACCCGCCCGACGUGCCCAACGCGCUCGACCCCGCCCCCGCGACCGCAGACGACACGCAGGCCGCGUAGACCACGCCCAUAACGUCACACUGCUAGUAACGUUAGCGACGACAUGAGAUGAACCAGAGUGGUCUAAGUGAUAUUUUAGGCCAAAGUGACAUACACAUAGUAGGGGCAAAAGUAACAAUAAUAUUUUUUCGGCCCACACUCUCCACCCCAGCACCCGUGGUAAAGCCAUGCUUCCCGGGGCCGCAAACGACGACACGCAGACUGUCUAAACCACGCCCUGUAGUCACACCGGCAGUAGACGCGAG